AUGUUAACGAAUUCUGCUCACCCUGCUAUUGAAGAUCAAUACGCGUUGGCCAGUACGGCCCGCUCUAAAUUGGCGAGAUGUGUAAGUGCUACUACAAGAAAUAAAGAUUAUAAUUUAAGGGUGUUAGUGGGCCACGCUAACCUGCUAGAUAAAAUAACCGCAAACGUGGAAGCGCACAAUGCUGCCGUCGACGCCCUUUCCACAGACCUGUUCGAUAAAGGUAACGAUAACCUGUCUAUUGAGCAUAUCGAACUGUCUAAUGCUAGGAGAGACGCCGGCGUUAACGAGGAGCGCACCGACAAGACGGACCAUGGCAACUACUACGAUUUCUACUCUAGUGACGAAGACCGUGAUGUUGACACUCUAUCUUCCACCGACAGUGAAGACGAUGACGAUUAUGAGGAGUACGACUUCGACUGCGACAGCUCCUUCGGCGAGCACAACAAGAAAAUCGACACGUACUUCAGUUCCCACACCACCCCCAAUUACCAAUAUCUAACUCACACCGAAUCUCAUUCCGAACAAGCCGAUGAGCUACCGGACGUCGCUCCGCGCUACAAUGCCCUUACAGCGACGUGGGAAGAAUCGGAAGAGGAGCAUCCUCAUACUCACUCAGGGGACGAGGCUAUAAGGCUUGGGCACAUAGAUUUGAAUGGCUCGUUGCCAAUCUUCCGCGUACUGUCGCGUCGGAGAACUGAGCACGACGAUGAUAGUAGUACUAGCGACAACGAAAGCGCCAGCGAUAUCGAGGACGGUUCCGUACCAUUGACUAGAUUUCAUUCUUCUCCAAUCACAGCAUAA